CGUAUUGGAAGAACAGCUUGAGAAAGCAAGAAUUGAGCAGGACGAACAAAUGAAAAGGAAAGCUUCUGCAGAAGCUGAACUAGAAAGAAUCAAAAAGCAAUCUGCUGACAUCAAAUCUGGUUUAUGGUAUCAGCUGCAAUUAAUGGAAAAAUACUUGCGCGAGGAAAAUGAAGAAGUCUACGUAUCUCCAGAUAUCACACUAAAAGACAUUGUAUCUAAAAUAGAGCAAUUUUUAACUCGAAUAUUUGAGGAACUGAAAAAUAAGGAUUUAGAUAAUUUAAAGGCAAAACUAAAAGGAGAGCAGUUCAUGCAGAAGAUCCAAGCUAUGAAGCUACCGUCUCCAGGCGUUGGUGUUAAAAUAAAACCAGCAGAAGAAGAGGAAUCAAGUGAUGAUGAAGAUCUUGAAAAAAAGAGAGUCUUACUUAAAAAAGAGGCGCAAAUAUAUGCCGAAAUGAAAAAGAAACAGCAGGGUAGAGGUAGAAUGAUGAUGCUUUGAUGUACAUAUUUGUAUUAGAAAGCUUUGUAAAAAUCAUUCCAAUAAAAAUUGAACCAAAGAAAAA